CCUCUUUAUUUCCAUUGUAGCAGGCAAAGUGUUGCAGACCGUGGCCCAGGGCUGUGAAUCCAGUGUAGUCUGCGAUGCUCCGAAAACCCACUUGAACAUGGGGAAUGGGAAAAUCCUUCAAGGAAAUUUGGUUUGUUGCACUGGGGAUGCUUGUAAAACAACCAUCCCUUCAUUACCUUCAGUAGAGACUAACACCAAUGGAAAGCGUUGCCCUGCCUGCUUUUCUGAAACAGGUACAUGCAAGGAAGAAUUUACAAACUGUACCGGGGAUGAAAAUUACUGCUUCCAUCUCUUUAUGCGUUCCUAUGGAGAUGGGGUGCUCUGGGACACAAUCAUGAAAGGCUGCACCACCAAGUCAACAUGCCGUUACAUCAGCGACGGGGACUUGUUCAUCCUUCAACGUCGCAACACAGUGAUUAUAACAGCCUCGUGUUUGGUGGCUGCUUCGAAGAGGCUUUACUCUUGCCAAUUCCACCCCCUGUAUUUUUCUGGGUUCCUUUUUUUUCUCGGGACCUUUCUCUAAAAGUCAUUUGUUAUGGGGCUGCAUCAGCUCUGCAAUUGAAGCAGUUAUUAUCUAUUUAGGUUUCCUUUUCGCCUUUGUAAUGUCAUGAAUUUCCCUCUUGGCAUUGGCUCUCUGUUUUCUUCUGUAAAAAAAUAAAUGACAUGU